UAGAUAUUUUCAUGCCUGUGGCUUAAAAAACUGAAAAUCCAUGAUUCCUGUUGUUCUUUCUUUCGUCUACUUAAACCUUGUGCCUUUUCAUAGUUAAUAGCAAACAUGGCUCAUAAAAUCAAUGGUGACACAGUGGUGGUCUAAGAGCGGUUUGAGGUUGCUCCACCACCAGGCUCAGUUCCCUCAACCACUCUUCCCCUCACUUUCUUUGAUAUUCCAUGGUUUUACUCUCCUCCUGUUCAACGCAUCUUCUUUUAUGAGUUCCCACACCCUACCCAACAUUUCCUCCAAGUAGCAAUCCCCACUCUCAAGCACUCACUUACCAUAACUCUCCAACACUUCUUCCCCUUCGUUUCCAAUCUCAUUGUCCCUCCACAACCCUAUGUAGACACCCCUUACAUCCGCUACCUCCACGGAGACUCUCUCCCCUUCACCGUGGCAGAGUCUAAUUCAGACUUUGACCACCUUGUUUCAGAUUCUCCACAGGAUGUUCGAAACUGGCACCCCCUUGUUCCCACCUUGCCCUCACCUCUCAUAGAGGAAGACGGCACGUGUGUGAAACCUCUCAUGGCCAUUCAGGUAACUGUCCUACCAAACUCUGGAUUCAGUAUCAGCCUCACGUUCCACCACAUUGUUGCGGACGGAAGAUCACUUCACCAUUUCAUCAAGCUUUGGGCCUCUGUUUGCAAAAAAACAGGGGAUUCAACUUCCCCUAAAGCCACUUUGUCUCUUCCUUUCCAUGACAGAGACAAAGUCAAAGACUCGAAGGGGCUUAAGCUCAUCUACUUACAAGAGCUUGAACUCCAACAUCCACCACCAGAAAUUACGGGUUACAUGCAAGAUGUUUUCACUGACAAGGUACGCGUCACUCUUGUGUUGAGUCGUGAACGAGUUGAUCAACUUAAGAAAUGGAUCACUCAUAAAAGUAUCAGCUACGAUUCAGGGACACAACACAUGUCAACCUUCGUGGUCGCAUGUUCCUUAGUUUGGGUCAGUAUGAUAAAAUUAGAGCAGAGAAAAGGUGAUUAUUGUGUUGCAAAAGGCUCGGAUGAACUCUGCUACUUUUUGUUUCUAGCAGAUUGUCGUGGUCGUCCUGAAUUAUCAUUCCCUUCAACUUACUUUGGGAAUUGUCUUGCUUUUUGCACUGUGGCAAUGAAGAAGGAUGAGGUGGUGGGAGAAAAUGGCCUUAUUGAGGUUGCAAAUGCUGUUGAGAGGGAGAUUAGAAAUUGGAAGAGUGAUCCUUUACAAAAUGCUGAAACAUCCAUAUCGGAUUAUAGAGAAUUAUUGAAGCCAGGUAAGUCUUUGCUAACAAUUGGAGGGUCGCCAAAACUGGCGGUAUACGAGACCGAUUUUGGGUGGGGGAAACCUAAGAAAUCUGAAUCAGUUCAUCUUGAUACAUUUAGAAUAGUUUCUAUGUCUGAUUGUAGAGACAAAGAUGGUGGUAUGGAGGUUGGUUUGGCGCUUGAAAAGGUUCGAAUGAAUGAUUUCAUCAACAUCUUGGAACAACAAUUCAGUAAAGUGGUGUGUGAUUGAACUAUAUAUUCACAAUACCACCCGGUUUCGUUUGACUCUUCUUUAGUUUAAUUUUUUCUUUCCAGUUCUAAACACCCCAUUCCACAUGUUUGUUUAGGUGCAGUUCUUAAUAAGUACAGUGAUUGCUCAAGGUGUGUUGUAUAGUGAUUAGAAGAAGUUUUCAUGGUGUGUUGCUGGUGGUGAUUCCUAUUGCAAUUAAAUUCCUUCCUACUAUGUGAUUGCAGGUCAA